UGUAGUUUUUGCCUGCCAAGUAUGAGUCCACUGGCCACUAGCACUGAGCAUGUGUGCAGUUGCUAGUUGAUGAGUGUAGUUACAAGCAGGGUUUCUUUGGAAGUCCAAGUGAAGGUGGCUAGGCGUCGUGCUCUGAAGCCAAGGUGACGAGCUGCAACGCUGCCCGUGCUUAGCUGGGUGGCAUGGAUGUCGAGGAUAUGGAGAGCGCCUCGGGGUCUGCGGAGAAUGGUGAUGCCGGUUAUUUUGAACCUGCACGAGUACUGAUUGAUGGUGAUGCAAUUGUAACAAUUCCUGAGUGGCUACGCAUACCAUACGGCACAGAAAAGAUGAAAGACAACAAAAUGGAGUUGAACAGUUUGGUAAUGAACUACUUGCUGAUGGAGGGGUACAAAGAUGCUGCAGAUGCCUUCAGCAGGGAGUCGAACACACCUCCCAAUGUUAGCCGCAGCUACUUGGAGGAACGAGUCCAAAUCUGCAUGGCCGUGCGCAAUGGUGACAUUGUUGAAGCACUGAGAUUAUUGAAUGCACUGGAUUCUGGAAUUAUGGAGUCCUUCCCGAAUGUCUACUUCAAAUUAAAACGGCAACAACUGAUUGAGAUCAUCCGCAGUGGCGAUUACGUGAAGGCCAUUGAAUUCGCGCAACUUGAUCUGGCAUCAUUUGGUGAGGAAAACAAAGAGUAUCUGAACCUUCUUGAAGAAAGUAUGGCAUUAAUGAUUCACUCCACACCGGCAAAGUCUUCACCGUUUGCUCAUCUGAUGACCAAAGCACAUGUAGAGAGUUUGUGUAAUGAACUGAACUCUGCAAUCAUGAGUCACUUUGACUUACCGGAGUGCUCGGGUCUGCAGCGAAUGCUGCAGAUGAUUGGCUUUUGCCAGAAGUCGCUCACUGUGGAUCCAACGACGCACUACGCCAUGAGUCCUCUCGGGCAGAUGCAGUUCACAGAAUUUAGCGAGCUCUGCGUUUCUCGGUAGGUGAGCAAAUAGUAGACACGUGUUACUCUGCUGUGUGGUCGUAAGCAGAACACAGGUUGUGUUCAUGGUGUACAUCGCCUUGCAGAGUCGAGUCAUGUCACUACUACAUCGCCUUGCAGAGUCGAGUCAUGUCACUACUACAUCGCCUUGCAGUGUUGAGUCUUGUCACUACUACAUCGCCUUGCAGUGGCGAGUCUUGUCACUACUACACUACUUGCGGAGUUGAGUCUUGUCACUACUACACUUCUCGUGCACGCGCUUUUUACCUCCUGUCCCACAUCAUUCAUUUGCGUAGACGUUUGUUUCUCGGCCAUGUUCGUCCUUCAGUGUUCAUGUUGAACAAGUUGUCUAGCCAAUGUGUGUAGUAUAGCUGUGCUAGUCGACAUGGGAUGUGUGCUCAUUCCUGUACGAUGUUGGGUUGCUUUUGAACUCUUCAAAGUGUCUAUUUGUAUGCUUGUUGAAACAGGCCUAUUGUCCGGUUGCCUUCAAUUCAAAUGAAUUUGCUGAUUGUGCUGCUAUAUAUUGAAAACUAUUUUUAAACAUUUCAUAUAAACUGUAAGCUAAAAGCAAACCAAAGCCAUGCUUGCUUCGGACAAGUAUCACGAAAAUUAACGGACGAUGUACAGUGUUUUGCUUUGUGUUGUUUGAGUUUCAUUGCUGCUCAUCCCGUUUGCAGCACAUGGCAUUUCCUGCUCUGAUGUGGGAUUUGUCUCUUCUUAUGUUUCUGUUCUAAGUUUGUGAUGUCAUUUUUGAUGCCCUGCCCAUGGAUGUCAUUUGCGUAACAUAUCUUCAUGCAACCGAAGAAUUCAGCAUCGCUGGCCGGUACGUGUGCCUAUGCAACUGUGAA